AAUCGUCCUUGUGGUUCUUGGGCUGAAGAGUGGUGUUCGCAGAGGCUCUUCUUGGCCACUUUCAUCAGCUACACGCCAUGGUGGAGAUGUGAAUUCGUCUCAAUCCAAAAGGGUCUGCGUCUCUGCCCAGAAGCUUUGCUGAGAUCACGGAAAUGGCUCCGCAGGCCCCAAUCUCGCUCUGCAAAUCCCUCCUCCGACGGAGCUUGCGAAGACCGCCUCCGCAACCCCGGUCUUCUUCCGCUUCAUCUUCCCUCGCUUCGCUCUCGCCAUCCCUGAAUCCACUCAAUCCCCGCUACCUCGGUUCGUUCCGGCGCUCGCCCGGUUCCCACCUCGGACCGGGCCGGAGGGGGCUCGGCACCGACCCGGGCGCCGGCCCGGCACCGGAGUACGACGCGGAGGUGGACGCGAUAAACCUGAAGUUCGCGGAGGCGAGGGAGGAGAUCGAGAUGGCGAUGGAGUCGAAGGAGACGGUGUACUUCGACGAGGAGGCCGAGUGCGCCAGGGCGGCGGUGAAGGAGGCCGUCGACCGGUUCGAAGGGUUGCUGCGGAGGCUCCCGGAGGCCGAGAAGGGGGCGCUGCAGCGGUCCAUGGGCCUGAAGAUGGAGCAGCUCAAGGCCGAGCUGGAGCAGCUCAACGAAUGAACUUUGGAUCCUCCGGCUGGCUCCGGUUGGUGUACUCUGCUCUAUCACUCUAGCUAAUUUUGUUGCUCGAGAAUUCUUGAUCAAAUCGAGGCGGUUUCUGAUUUUUUUUUUCCGGGUACUUGGACAAGUGAAUGGUUUUUGAGGAGAGCUUGCGAAGUACAUUUGUUUAGAGGAUGUUGUCGUAGUUUUAGGCAAUAAUGCAGCGGGUUUUUGCACUGUCGGUUCGAAACUCUGUAUUGUUGGUGAUUGAAUCUUUGCCUAUACCCUUUGAUUUGGUUGGGUGAAAAUGGCAAUGGACAUUGUCGACAAAACGGCGAAGCAUGGCCUCUUACCAAGAAUGGAGCUAAUUGAUUUUGUUCUGGGAUCAAUGUUGCUUCUGGCAUUUUGCAUUUGAA